AUGGACGGAGAUGCAGAUGAGGUGGCCGAUGCCAGGAAAGCGGCGAAACCAAAGAAGGACAAGCAGGCCAAGGCCAAAGCCGAUGGGAAAGUCAGGCGAUCUGGCUGGGAUCCGCCACCGUUCAAGGUGUCAGCUGCAGACGUUCACGCAAAUGCUUGGGAGCUACUGGAGAUGCUCAAGGUCAAGAACUGGGUGUCUUCUCGCAAAGAAGCCAGAAAUCAUGAGCCUUGCUACGCCAGUGAAGAGUUCCUGUCUGAGCUGCCCUUGCCCUGUCCUGUUCAAGUAUGCGGGGUGCACACAGAUCGAUAUUUUCCAUUACUGGUCAUUGAAGUUCGUCAGUUCUCGGUCCUGCAACAGCAUGGAACUACAAGGCUUCGUUGUGCCGUCGUCGUGGCCGUGGCCUGCUUCUAUUGGAACAGGACUUUCAUCGCCUCGAUGCCAGCACUCCCCCGAGGACAGUCCAGCAAAAUCACUCGAGGUGCCACAUCUGGCAAGGUCAACCUGGAUCGCAGCCAGGAGCUACGAGACUUCUUGAUGGGGAAAGUGCCCAGUGCUCCUGCGAAGCAGGCAGCUGAAAAGAGCUGGGAGCUUCCCGUCCUCGAGUGUGACGAGGGCUGUGUCUCUGCCAUCGAGAGCUGUCUUGAAGAGGGCUGCAGUGUGGAUGCCCUGAUGAAGCUGGAUGCCGCGAUUGCCAAGGACGAGAAGACCAUCGAGGCGAAACUCAAAGGAAAGCAGGAUGCCUGGCUUCAGAACUUCUUGCAGCGAUCUGGAGCCCUGCGGGCCCAGCUUUCCACAAUGCUGAGCAGGAAGAAGUCCGAGCCCUGGAUGACACAGCUGGUCAAGGCAGCUCAGCUGGCUUUCAAAAGUAGCCGGGAUGGCGACUAUCCGAAGGCAGCGUGCCAGCAGAAGCUUCGAAUCGAUUCCGUGUGUUCCUGUGGCAGGUGGCAAGUGGAGGAAGUAGACGGCGGAGCGACGCAUGCACCGAAGGUGGCAAGACCGAAAACGUCGAAGAACGAGGGCACAACAGCCUCAGGCCCCGCCAUGACAAGCGAGUACACGAGGAUUGAGGUAGCCUUGGAUCGAAUCUCCCAGCAGGUGGAUGCUUGUCUGGCACAGCUGCUGCACGGUGUGGCUAGUGAGCCGCAUUCUGCGCACGCGAAGGAGGGCCAUGCCCAUGCGACGAAAGGAGAACCGCUUUUUGCGGUGGUACCGGAUGCUUUUGCAAUGUCUGACAGCGACGCAAACUUGGCUGAGUCGACAGCCUUGCGGCAUCAGGUCGUCAGCUUCGGAAAUCGGCAAGGGACCGUCGCAUGGUGUGAUGAGACGUCAGAAGGCGAGGCUCAUGAUCCUGAUGCGGCACCUCGACCACGGAGGCAUAUUCAUAAGGCCCGGACAGUGGACCUGAAGAUAGCGACGGAAAUCUUCGGGGGGAAGGAUGAGGCGGCUGCAACGAAGCCGAUGAUGCGCCUGCUGUACCGCAGCCGCUGUGAUGACAUAUGGGAGAUGCUCGAUGACCCAGAGUCCAGCAGAAUUGCCUGGUGGAUUUCGCAGGCGCUCAAGGUUGCAGUGAUUCUCAGCAUCAUUGUAACCAACUUGCAGGUCACGCAGGAGUCUCUGCUGCAGGGGGUCGUGGCAGCAUUUCUCGAGACAACAUUCGACACUAUAUUCUUGAUAGAGUUCCUUUGCCGAGUCUUCUCGGCUCCGUCCAAGAGGGAGUACUUCAAGAACACGCUGAACUGGGCAGAUAUGCUAUCGGCAUUCGGUUUACCUCUCAGAGCCAGCAUCGGCUUUGUGAUGGAUGUGCCUUACGAUCAUGCCGGCCAUGUCCAGGUCAUCCUUCUCUUGGCACUGCCCAUUCUUCGUCUGCUGAAGCUGCUUCGGUAUUUCGAGACUUUCAGGCUCUUGGUAGAUGCCUUCAAGAACUCGAUGCCUGGCUGCAAGACCGGCCUACCCAGAUUGAGCCAUGAUGCUUUGACCUGGAAUGAUUUCAGGCUUGAAGCCCUCCCGGUGCUAAUGUACACGCUGGCUUUGAUUGUGAUGCUUGCGUCCAGCUUGCUGUACUUGAUCGAGACGAGGACUGCCAUUCCAAGCUUGCAGCAUGCCCUCUGGCUGUGCGUCGUGACGAUGACGACUGUCGGCUAUGGCGAUUAUGUUCCGCAGACGGCUGGAGGCUACGUCGUUGUGUCCGUGCUUGUGAUCGUUUCCGUCUUGUUUGUUGCUAUGCCGGUGGGAAUUCUUGGGCACGAGUUCACAAGCUGCUGGCAGACUCGGGACCGUGUCCUCUGCAUCACAAGAGCCCGGCAAGCCAUGGUCAAGUGGGGGUACAGUGCCAAUGAUGUAAAGGCACUGUUCGAGUAUGUCGACAUGGAUCACGAUGGGAACUUGGACCUCCUUGAGUUCAUAGAGCUUGUCCGGCAGAUGCGAGUCGGCUUGAGUGUGGAGCGGUCCAUCGGACUGUUUAUGCUGUUUGAUGACAAUCAGAAUGGAAGCAUUAACUACAUGGAGUUCGUGAGACACGUUUUUCCGCAAGAGUUCGUCGAGGAGGCGAGAAAGGACGUGCAGCAAUUCCAAUCCAGCGACAAGGUGCAUGACGCCUUGGAAGCGCUCACUGCCACCAAAGGUCCGCAUAACAGCGCUCAGCUGAUAGAUUCUGCUCUGCACUUGAACCGGGCCAAGGCGAUGGCAAAGAAGCCACGUGAUCCUCAGGCAUACCGACCUUCGACUCCCGUGAAGCGCUACCGAGUCCGGCUUGCAGCAAGCACGGGAAGUGGACCCACUGCGGAGCUGGAGGUGAGCUACGGUCGGCUAUACCCAUCAGAGACGCCCUGCCUCCUUGUGGACAAGGUGGACAACUUGGCCAAGGAAGCCUGGCUGGAGUUGACGCGGCGUGUCGUCGAUGAGGUGGACCAAGCUGCUGGACAGGAGUGUGUGUUUCAGGUUUGCUCGGCGAUCACGGAGCUGCUGAGGGCCUAUCACGACCCAAGCGCCGAGAUCCCUUUGUAUGAGCGCAUGCAGCGCCGAGAGGCCGAAGAAGCGAAGCAGAAGGAAGAGGCUGCUCGCCAAGAUCGCGAGGAGGCACAGAAGAAGGCGAUGGAGGAUUGGGAAAAGCGGAAGCAGGCAGAGCGCCAACGCCUUGAGCGCUACGAGGAGAAGCGCCGCGCUGUUGCAAGGGUUGGAGAUGGUGGAGGGACUCUGGACUUCUUGCCUGAGGAUUCGGAGCUGGGCACAGGCAACAAGCCAACUGAAGUUCCGCCUCCACAGAAGGAGAAGCCCCAGGAGGUCUUGGUGAACCCGAAGGUGACUCAGGACCCGCGGGAGCCAGUUGCCAACGCCGACGUGUCCUCACGCUUUAAAGGACAGGAGGUGGCCGCCGGAGAGCGCCUUCCGACGAUUCUUCUGACUGCGGUACACUUCCCUCCUUCUCGGACAACUUGUCACUAG